ACCAACGGAUUGUCGCAUAAAUCACCUGGCUUGGUCAAGGUACCCUCCUUCGAGGGCAUUCCAUUGACGAUAGUUGGGAAUAGUUAACGCAAGACACUACAGAUCGCAUCGGUGACUCCCACGAUACGAUGUGGUGCGCUACCAGCGUUUCGUUUGUUGGGGAGAUGGGGCUUGUACGCAGCACUCCCGUCGUGUUUGCAUCAGAUCGGAUAUCUUCCGCAGCGUUGAAUCCACACAAACGCGGGUAUGCCUUUCGCGUCUGCGUCGUGUUCUCAUAUUUGUUCCUAUCUUCCUAUACUUGUCCCAGAGUCAGUCGGGCUUUUUGCCACUCUUCACCGCACAUUUAGGCCGACUUACAGCACUGUCUCCUUUGUUCGGCCAACCCAUUCAGAUUG